UCCAACUCGUCGCUUUCUCAAUUUUACUCUCUCUACUGCCUCUCCAGUUGGCGUUGGGGGGUGUUGAAGGUCUGAAUGAAUGAAAGGAAAUGCCGAGUUUACAGUCCCACCCUCUCUGUCCUUCAAACACCCCUAGUACUUGGUACUUCUUACCCUCUCUCUCUCUCUCUCUCUCCAUUCACUAGUCGUGGUCUCUUUUUUUCAAUACUUCUCUAGAUUUAGCGGAACCUUCUUCACUUCUCCACUAUCCAAAACUUCCUUGUCUUCCAGGCUUCAACUCUGAAACCUUCCUUCUGUACUCGAGUUUUACUUACUUUUUGCGAACAACUCUAUUUUUCAGGCUAUUUCGCUUCCAACAUCGUCUAGUUCUAGCCUUGACUUCACUAAAGCUGCCAGCUUUGACUCAAAUGAAGCUCGUACAGACCUCUUUCUCGAUUCUAGUCUUUCUUCUGAACCUGCACUGUGCCUUUUCGUAUCCUACGCCGUUGAAUUGCUCGGAUACCACCCGCCUCUGCACUUCAUUUCUCGCCUUCAAGCCAAAUCAGAACCAAACUCUACCCAUCAUACAGAGCAUGUUUGAUGUUCUUCCAGAAGAUGUGACGGUCGAGGGGAACAAUCGCGAUUAUCUAUUCAUUAAGAAGAACUGUUCUUGUGCUGCUCCGGCUAAGAAGUACAUGACCAACACGACUUUUACGGUGAGGGAGGAUAACGGAUCGGUCUAUGACCUGGUUAUGGAGGCGUACGGCGGGAUUGCAUUUUUACCCAAUUCCACGCGCAGAGCUCGCGCUGGUGCGGUAGUUUCCUUGCACCUCCUCUGUGGCUGCUCGAGCGGGUUGUGGAAUUAUUUGAUGAGCUAUGUCAUGCAAGACGGGGACACGAUCGAGUCGUUAGCUAGCAGGUUUGGUGUGAGCAUGGACAAUAUUGAGAUGGUCAAUGGAAUUUCCAAUCCUGAUAAUGUUUCUGUUGGGGCCCUUUAUUAUAUUCCGCUGAACUCAGUUCCUGGUGAUCCUUAUCCACUAGAGAAGGAGAUUUCUCCCACCCCAGCUCCUGCACCAUCUGUUUACACUUUUGCAGGAAAUAAGGUGAACCAUAAGGCUCAUUUGCCAUAUGGGUGGAUUAUAGGGAGCUUAGCAGUUGGCACUAUUCUGAUAUUUGUGUUUAUAUAUGUCUGGGUGUCACUGAAGUCAUCAAUAUUCUCUGCACCUGGCCCAGCUAAUCAUGCAAAAGAUCCUGAUGGAAAGGUCUCUCAUAAGUUCCAUAUUCUUCGAAAAACAAGUUUCUGUUGUGCUUCAGGGAGGUCCACCUGCUGUGAAUCAGGGAACCAGAGGCCAACUAAUGGUGAAGUUAACAAUCGCCAAAUGAAUAUUCCUAAAGUCGUGGGGCCUGAUGUAUUUGACAUGGAUAAACCUGUUGUUUUCGCAUAUGAAGAAAUUCUUUCUUCAACUGAUAGUUUCUCUGAUUCAAAUCUACUUGGACAUGGAACAUAUGGUUCUGUGUAUUAUGGAGUUUUGCGGGAACAGGAGGUUGCAAUCAAAAGAAUGACUGCUACAAAAACCAAAGAAUUCACAGCAGAGAUGAAAGUUUUAUGCAAGGUUCAUCACGCAAAUUUGGUAGAAUUGAUUGGCUUUGCGGCUAGUGAUGAUGAGCUAUUCCUUAUUUAUGAAUAUGCACAAAAGGGUUCUCUUAGAAGUCAUCUACAUGAUCCUCAAAACAAGGGUCAUACAUCCAUAUCUUGGAUCAUGAGGGUUCAGAUAGCACUAGAUGCUGCUAGAGGUUUAGAAUACAUCCAUGAGCACACCAAAACACAUUAUGUCCACCGUGAUAUCAAGACGAGCAAUAUACUACUUGAUAGCGCCUUCAGGGCAAAGAUUUCGGAUUUUGGACUAGCAAAGCUUGUUGGGAAAACUGGUGAAGGAGAGGCUUCUGCAACAAGAGUUGUAGGAACUUUUGGUUAUCUGGCUCCAGAAUAUUUGAGUGAUGGCCUAGCAACAACCAAAAGUGAUGUUUAUGCAUUUGGUGUUGUUCUUUUUGAGCUAAUAUCAGGAAGGGAGGCAAUUACAAAAACUGAAGGCGUGGUGAUGAAAAAUGCUGAAAGACGCGCAUUGGCAUCUAUUAUGUUAGCAGCUCUUAGAAACUCUCCCAACUCAAUGAGCAUGUCAAGCUUGAAGGAUUGCAUUGAUCCUAAUUUGAUGGAUUUGUAUCCACAUGAUUGUGUAUACAAGAUGGCCAUGCUGGCCAAGCAAUGUGUGGAUGAGGAUCCCAUUUUACGACCAGAUAUGAAACAAGUGGUGAUUUCCCUAUCACAGAUCCUCCUAUCCUCGGUGGAGUGGGAAGCAACACUUGCUGGAAACAGCCAAGUUUUUAGUGGGCUGGUUCAAGGAAGAUAGGUUAUGGAUCAGUUUCUUUUCCAACCCAGUACUAUGACGACAUUUUUCCUACGUCAACUUUUUCCUCUUUCCUUUGUUGUGUGUAUAGUGUAGCACAGGAGAUCCACCACUUGAGUGAUCAAAUAUGUAUGUUCGUCAUCCAACCUUUCUGCAAUUUUCUUUUCUGAUAUUGAAAUCUUGUAUUCUUUUAUAUAUAUGGUUUUUGUUCAAAAAUUUUGAUGUAACUUAAGGAUGUGCUGAUAUCCUUAAGUUAAUUCAAUCUAUUUUGAGUAGAUGAUAUCCAGUAGCAUUGGGAUCAUUUUUUUGUCCUUUUUUUUCCCAAGAUCCUUGUGGAAUAUAAUGCAAAUUGAGGAGUGGCAUCGGAACAGGUUACUCUAAAAGAAUGUCAGACCAAGCAUACGUGCACCCUAUGAGCAUGAGUGAUGUAAUUUUACAUGUGGCUCAAAUGCAACCCAUGGUAGUAGAUCUGUAUUACACCUUAAGCUCGGUUUGUUUGAAAUGCAAUUUCAUUUGUACUAGUACAGAAUUACAGAUCAGAAAAAUGUAAAUUCUGGUUCUGUUUUGCCUCA